UACAUGACGCAGUUUUCACAACUUCCGGUUGUUUUGCUUCGGCACUGAGAUAUGGGAAGAAAAAGGUCAUGUUGUUGAACUCUUGACCAGAGUCUCUUGUCCCGUUAGGUGUUCAUGUGCCUGUUAAUAUUUAACUUGCUGAAUUGCACACCAAGCUGUAGAUCUCUAAAUCAGCUCCCGCAGCACAUGAGGACAGAGGAUUUUCCUGAGCGCAUGUCCCUGAUAGAGAGCAUGGCUGUGCUGAGAGCGUCCAAACAAGCCCUGAGGAAAGAUCUGAAGGGUCGGCUUGCUGCGCUUAGCGCCGAGGAGAAGCAGCGACAGUCCCUGGUGCUUUCACGCAAGCUGUUGGAACAUCCCAAGUACAUCUCCUCACAGCGAGUUGCAGUGUUUCUCAAUAUGGAUGAUGAAGUGCGCACUGAGGAAAUAAUCAGAGACAUCUUCAAGCGGGGCAAAAGCUGCUUCAUACCCAGAUAUCUGAGCAGUAGCUCCCAUAUGGAUAUGCUGAAGAUCAACAGUCUGCAGGACUUGGAGAAGUUGCCUCUGACAUCCUGGAAUAUCCGGCAGCCAUCAGAUGACUGCAAAAGCAGAGAGGAAGCAUUGUCUUCAGGAGGGCUGGAUCUCAUGUUGAUGCCAGGCCUGGGCUUUGACCUCAACGGAGGACGUCUUGGGCGAGGAAAGGGCUUCUACGACACUUAUUUGAGACGCUGCAGCGAACACCCUAUAGGGAAGCCUUACACCAUCGCCCUGGCUUUCAAAGAGCAGCUCUGUCAAAAGGUUCCUGUGGGCUCCAGUGAUGUCUUGAUAGACGAAGUCCUAUAUGAGGAGCAGUAACCUGUCCCUUAAGUGCACAUCUCACAUGAUCCAGGAUAAUUCAUGAAUCACUUCCCACUUCAUAGGAAUAACAGCAUGAAUUCUUGUCUUUUUGUCUGACCUACUAAUGAAAAAAACAAAACAAAUAAAACACAAAAUACCAAAGAACCAACC